AUGGUUUGGUUUUCGAUUUCUAAUACAGUAACAUUACUUAAAAAGAGACUUAAUUUAACAAGAAACUCUAAAUCAAAGAUGCAUGGAGAUGACGAAACUAAGAGGGAAAGACCGCCGUGUCCUAGAGAAAAAGCGAAUUUCUUAUCAGUGAUAACCUUCUUCUACUCUUUAAAAGUUUUCCACAGAGGCAGAAAGAAGGAAUUUACCGAAGAUGAUCUGACUCAACCUUUGCCUGAACACAAAUCUUCCUAUCUGGGCGAUAGAAUUUCGGAAGUGUGGAGAGAAGAAUACGACAAAGCCAUUGAACAAAAAAGGAGACCAAGAAUGGGACGAGUGAUUUUGAAGACAUUUAUUAGGGAAUUUUUGGUGUAUGGGUGUGUGAUAUUUUGCAUGGAAAUACCUAUCAGACUUUUCCAGCCACUUUUUGUUGGACUAUUCAUACGAUAUUUUAAUGCAGCUAACAGGAAUGCCACGGAACCCCCAAGAUACCCUAUGUACUUCAAUAGAGUAUUUUCGUUUUGGGAUCCAAAUCAAGGAAGAAUCACUAGAGAAGAAUCGUUCUUUUUUGCAGCAGGAGUUGGUAUUAUCAAUGCUAUCGUAGUAAUGACGACCCAUCCUUACAUGUUGGCGGUCCUACAUAUAGGAAUGAAAGUGAGAGUUGCAUGCUGCUCCCUUAUUUAUAGAAAGGUAUUGAGGCUUAAAUUUACCUCUAUAGGUGGCCGUACGGUGGGAAAUGUCGUAAACCUAAUGUCCAACGAUGUAACCAGAUUUGACCUUGCUGCCAUGUUUGUCCAUUAUCUUUGGAUUGCGCCUCUACAAACGAUUUGUAUAGUUUAUUUUAUGUACAAAGAAGUUGAAUGGUCUGCGUUAGUUGGAAUUGUAGCCGUAUUGAUAGUAAUGCCUUUGCAAAUGCUUUUUGGAGCGAGAACUUCAUAUCUCAGAAAAAAAGCAGGAGCUAGAACGGACGAAAGGGUUAGACAGAUGAAUGAAAUCAUACAGUCAAUACAAGUAAUAAAAAUGUACUCUUGGGAAAAUGCUUUUGCAGAUUUGAUAAGCAAGUUACGAAAAAACGAAUUACAAGUAUUAAUACAAACUUCGUAUAUCAGAGGUCUAAUAAUGUCAUUUAUUAUGUUCACAAGCAGGUCAGCUAUAUUUUUAACUAUAAUGGCGUUUAUAUUCCUGGGGAAUAAUAUCACAGCCGAUAAGACCUUCGUUAUAAUUUCGUACUACCAAAUUUUAAGACAAACCAUGACUGUGUAUUUCCCACAAGGAGUGGCUAUGGUCGCAGAAGCACUGGUAUCAGUAAAACGAAUAGAAGAAUUUAUGGCCACUGAAGAAACAACCGUAGGCGAUCCAAGUCCUAUCGACAAACAUUGGCAAUCGAAAUUAAACCUCCACACCACUAAACACCAAGUUCGCAAAAUAUUCUUUGACACAGACCCCACAAAAGAAGCUCAAAAUGCGAUUCAUAUUAUUCACGGAAUCGCAAAAUAUGGCGAGAACGUGUGCUUAGAUGAUAUCAACAUAGACAUACCCUCCGGACAGCUCGUGGCAGUAGUGGGGCCUGUUGGAGCUGGUAAAAGUUGCCUUUUGCACUUGAUUAUGGGAGAGUUACCUUUGUUUAGCGGAACGAUAGGUGUUGAAGGCGUUGUAUCAUAUGCUUCGCAGGAACCGUGGUUAUUUGCAGGUUCCGUUCGACAGAAUAUUCUCUUUGGCAGAGAAUUCAACUAUCAAAAAUAUAAACAAGUAGUUAAAGUUUGCGCUCUUAACAGAGAUUUCGGCAUUCUUCAGUUUGGAGACAGGACCAUUGUGGGCGAAAGAGGCGUUUCUUUGAGUGGAGGUCAAAGAGCUAGAGUGAAUCUUGCGCGAUGUGUUUAUAAAGAAGCCGACAUUUACCUCUUGGAUGAUCCUCUGUCUGCUGUUGAUAUUCAAGUCGGACAACAGUUGUUCGAAGGGUGUAUAAGAAGAUACCUGAAAGAUAAAAUAGUAGUACUAAUAACUCAUCAGUUACAAUAUCUAAAACGAGCCGAUCACAUCGUUAUAAUGAACGAAGGUGUAAUACAGUGUCAAGGAAGCUAUUCAGAGCUAAUGGGUAGAGAAGAUAUGCCGGUGUUUGCAACUGUUUUAAAAGAUGCAUCCUCUGCGGCUCCCAUAGAAGAAAAAGAAAUUGAAAAGUUGCUGAGAAACAUCUCUGUGACCAGUGCUGCAUUUCAAAGUAUGAUAGAUAUAGAAGGAAAAAAGAAACGUCCAUUUGUAAUACCCGAAAUAAGAACUUUUGGAUCAGUAGAUUUCUCCAACUACACCGAAUAUUUCGGUGCAGGCGCCAAUUGGUUGGGCGUAUUUUGCAUGAUAUUUUUGUUUUUAUUUGCACAGGUGGUAGCCAGUAGUGGUGAUUACUUCUUGUCCCAGUGGGUUAAUGUUGAGGAACUCAGAGAGUUUAAAGGUUCGGCCGAAUCGAUGAGAUUUUUUAAUCGUUUUUCCAGAUUAGAUUUUGUGAUCAUAUACAAUGUGUUAAUAGUGGGUACUAUUGUCGUAUCCAUCACAAGAUCUUUGGUAUACUACACAAUUUGCAUGAGGGCGUCACAAAGACUUCAUAACCGAAUGUUUGAAAGCAUAAUCCACGCCAAUAUGCUAUUUUUUAAUGUAAACUCAUCUGGAAGAAUUUUAAAUAGAUUUUCGAAAGAUUUAGGAGCCGUUGACGAAAUGUUGCCUAAUGCUUUUUGUGACACAACACAGCUUCUACUAAAUCUAAUCGGUGCCAUAAUUGUAGUGACUCUAAUAGAUUAUUUGCUUCUAAUUCCCACUGCGGUAAUCUUUGUUUCCUUUUAUUUGCUAAGAAGAGUAUACCUGCACACAAGUAGAAACGUUAAGCGACUGGAGGGAAUAACCCGAAGUCCAGUUUUUGCUCACUUGAACGCCACUCUGCAAGGUUUAACAACUAUUCGUUCGAACGGAGCUGAGAAGAUUUUGGUCGAAGAAUUCGACUAUUUGCAAGAUAUUCACAGCAGUGCUUGGUUUAUGUUUUUGUUUACGUCAAGAGCUUUUGGACUCUGGCUGGAUUUGAUUUGCACUCUGUUUAUUUUAUAUGUUACAUUUAACUUUGCAAUUUUUGAUCACAAACAUUAUGGUAGUGGAGUUGGAUUGGCCAUUACUCAGUGUAUAGGUCUGAGUGGAUUGGUACAAUGGGGCAUGCGUCAGUCAGCUGAAUUAGAGAACCAGAUGACGUCGGUGGAAAGAGUUUUGGAAUUCACUAGGAUUGAACAUGAACCUGACCUUGAAUCGACUCCUGAUAAAAAACCACCGCCGACGUGGCCAAAGCAUGGGAAAAUUGAAUUCAUUGAUACAACUAUGCGGUAUAGCAAGACAGGAGCAACGGUUUUGAAACAUUUGAAUUUCAUUAUCAAACCUAAAGAAAAAAUCGGAAUUGUUGGAAGAACUGGAGCAGGAAAGUCGUCUCUUAUAUCUACUAUCUUCAGGCUGCAACCAUAUGAAGGAAUUAUACUUAUUGAUAAUUUGGAUAUUAGCGUACCCGGUUUACACGACUUGAGAAGGAAAAUAUCUAUCAUCCCACAGGAACCAGUAAUUUUUUCUGGAACGCUUAGAUACAAUCUGGAUCCUUUUAAUGAAUAUUCGGACGAGCAGGUUUUUGCUGCUUUAUUAGAUGUGGAAAUAAAGAAUGCAAUCCAGAGCGGCAUAGAUUGUUUAAACGAUGUUAUGGCAGAAGGAGGUACCAAUUUAAGUGUAGGAUCUAGGCAAAUGGUUUGUUUAGCGAGAGCUAUUCUAAGAAACAACCGCAUCCUUGUACUAGAUGAAGCUACCGCUAAUGUGGACGCUCAAACAGAUAAAUUCAUCCAAACAACAAUUCGAACAAAAUUUGCCCACUGUACAGUGUUGACAAUUGCUCACAGGCUAAAUACUGUCAUGGAUUCCGAUAGACUUAUGGUUCUGGACAAUGGUAUUCUUAUUGAAUUUGACCAUCCGCAUAUCUUAUUACAAAAUAGAGAAGGAUUGCUUUCAGAAAUGGUUAAAAAAACAGGACCUGGUGUUUCAGACCAUUUAAAACUAGUUGCAAAAGAGAAUUACAGCCUAAAGCAGCAAAACGAAAUGAAAAAUAUUGUGGGAGAAGUAGUCCUGCAGGUUUUGGACCAAGUCUCUACGUAA